GUCUGCUAUCCGCUAUGCCGCUGCCCGUUGCGCUGCAGACCCGCUUGGCCAAGAGAGGCAUUCUCAAACAUCUGGAGCCCGAACCAGAGGAAGCGAUCAUUGCCGAGGACUAUGAUGAUGAUCCUGUGGACUAUGAGGCUACCCGGUUGGAGGGCCUGCCACCAAGCUGGUACAAGGUGUUUGACCCUUCCUGCGGGCUCCCUUACUACUGGAAUGCAGACACAGACCUCGUAUCCUGGCUGUCCCCACAUGAUCCCAACUCCAUUGUUUCCAAAUCUGCCAAGAAGCUCAGGAGCAGUAAUGCAGAUGCUGAGGAGAAGUUGGAUCGGAGCCAUGAGAAAUCGGACCGGGGCCACGAGAAAUCGGACCAAGGUCAUGAGAAGUCGGAUCGCAGCCAUGAGAAGUCAGAACGGAGCCACGAGAAGUCUGACAGAGACCGGCAGCGUGGUUAUGACAAGGUGGAGAGAGAGAGAGAGCGGGACAGGGAUCGGGACCGGGACCACAGGUAUGACAAGGUGGACCGGGAAGAGGGCAAAGAACGGCACCACCAUCGCCGGGAGGAUCUGGCUCCCUACCCCAAGAACAAGAAGGUGGCAAGCCGGAAGGAUGAAGAAUUAGACCCCAUGGACCCCAGCUCGUACUCAGAUGCACCCCGGGGCACGUGGUCAACAGGACUCCCCAAGCGGAAUGAGGCCAAGACGGGUGCAGACACGACAGCAGCCGGGCCCCUCUUCCAGCAGCGCCCUUACCCAUCCCCGGGGGCUGUGCUCCAGGCCAAUGCCGAGGCCUCCCGAACCAAGCAACAGGACUGAACCUUCCCCACCCCGGCCCGCCCUGGGGUUUUGAAUAAAAGCUU